CUAGAAUUAUAUAACAAAAUGUCAUUAGAAUAUGAAGAGCUGAUGAUAGAUAGGCUAUCACGCCAGUCUAAGAGUCAGGAGUAUGCAACGAAAGAGGAAAAGGAAUUACAAGAAUUACGCGAUUCUAAACAACAAUUAAUGAUGAAGCAGAGUCAAGACUACUUAGAGACUCUAUUCAAAGAUCACGCAAGCAGUCCAGUAUCAAUAAAGAAUGCCCAAAUUACUAAUUCCCAGUCUUUCAGGGACCUGUUUUUGAAAGAACAAUUUAAACCAAUAUUAGCUACGAACAUCACAACUUUGAAUGACUUUUUCCAAAAACUUGAUUUAGUGAAUGAAAAUUUAAAUAAAUUGAACAUAGUUGAAAAUUCAUUGGUUUCUCUUCACCAGUUGCCCAGAAAGUUAUUCCAUCGGAAUAACUUUAUACCCCAGGUAGUACCUGUUUUCAAUAUAAUACCAAAUAAGAAGUUUUACGCCAAAACAGGUACAAAUAUAGGUAAUGGGGAAGGAGAUGGAUAUAUUCAAUUUCAAUUGAAAAAUAUAUUUGGGGGAGCUGAAAAUUUGAUUUUUGAUGCUAUAACUGGUACCAAAACACAGUCAUCAUACCAUCUUAAUUAUAAUCAGCCAAUUUUGAACCAAUCCAAUUACAUUUUAGAGAACAUUUUAUCAUUGAACACCAGAAAAUUAGACUGGAUCAAUUGUGAUGUUAAAACCAGAGGUUUAACAAAUCGAAUUUAUACCCAAUAUUCAAGUAAUAUAAACCAUGAAUUGAUCAUGGAAAAUCAAUGGAGAUCAUUGAUCAAUACUGGAUCGAAGUCUUUGGAAGUGAUAAACCAAACCGGGGAGGAUUUCAAAUCUGCUUUAAUAUAUAAUUGGAGAUACGAUACCAGAAAUAAUAGGUCUUUACCAACCAGUGGGAAAUAUUUAAGAUUCGGUAUUGAAUAUAAUGGUUUGUUUAACUUCAAUACUUAUAAAUACGUUAAAUUAGUUUAUGAGUCUCAAUUUGCUUAUAAGUUUGCUAAAAACCAUUCAUUAAUUUUGAGUAACAAAUCGGGUAUUUUACAUUCAUUAAAUGGCAAUAGCUCAAUACUUGAUAGAUUUUAUAUUGGAGGUCCAAAUGAUGUGCGAUCAUUUACCAUUAAUGGAUUAGGUCCUAAAAACUAUAAUUCAUCAAUUGGAGGAGAUUAUUUCUUAAAUGGUGGGAUUUCAGUAAUUUCUAAUAUCCCAAGGUAUGAGGAAUCUAAUUUUAAAAUUCAUAAUUUUAUAAAUUUUGGUAAACUAUUACCAAUUAAUCAAACUAAAACUUCUAAAGAGUUAGCUAAAGAUUUAAUCAAAGAACACUCAAUAAGUUAUGGAUUUGGUUUAUUAUUCAAUCAUCCAGUUGCAAGAUUUGAAUUAAAUUUUGUCUUACCAUUAGCAGUACAUGAACGAGAUUAUACUAGAAAAGGUAUACAAUAUGGUAUUGGUAUUUCAUUUUUAUAA